AUAUAUUAAAGAGAUGAAUGAUUAGCAUUUUUAUCAUGGUUACUAAUCCUAGAAUCAAAUAAUAAAGGAAGGAUAUGCUUAUGCAAUCUCAACAAUAUGGUAUUGAUUAAUUUUCAAUUUGCAGGUUUAGAUAAUUUUAAAAUGCGAUGAAAAAUAUAAAUGGUGUUGAUAUCUCUAAAAUUGGUGAGAUAAAAAAUAAAAAUAUAAGUGAUAAUCUUCAUGAAAUUAAUACAAAUUUUGAUGGCUAUUUAGUACCUCAAUAACACAGUACGACAUUUUAACGAGUUUAUUCAUUGAGAUCGGAUGCUAUUUAUGGUUAAGAUUACGACAUUGUUUCAAUCGAUGUAUGGAAAUUUCUUAAAAUGUAUUACAAUGCAGGUAAAGAAUUUGAAGAAAAAUGAAUAUAGAUUAUGAUAUUGUAGUGUUUGUUACAAAACUUCUCCCAAAUUUAACAAAAUACUUUACUUGUGAAAAUUUAGAUGCUGGACUUUGCAUUUGUUUGGAUGUGAUAAACUUGAUAAUGGUCAUUAUUCAAAAAGAUGAUAAGAGUCUAAUGAAUGCAUUAAAAUUACCAGCUUGUCCCUCUUUAGAAUUGGUUAAAUUUAGAACUUACUUAUUUGCAAUGACAGCUCAUAAACUUGAAUCUAUAAAAUUUAUAAAUUAAGGUCAUCUUUAUUAUGAUGGUAAGAAAGUUCCAUUUAAAGGAAAUAAAACUUUAAAGGAUAUGGGAAUUACUAAAGAUAUGUAGAUAAUCCUAUCGUGCAUAAAUAUGACUAUGGCAGAUGUUGAUGUUGAGGAAGAGAUUGAAACUGAAGGAGAUGAAUAAUAAAUCGAAUAAAGUAAAAUUAAAAUACACUAAUAGAUUUACGUACUAAACAAGAAUUCUUAGAAAUUUUAAAACUCAAUUUGAAUCAGUAAUCUACUGAAUAGUUGACUCUUAAAUCUAUCUAAGAUAUAUAGCAAUCUUUAGAGGAAAAUGAUUUCUUUUAAGUUUGA